GGUAAAAAUCUAAUUUAAAUAUUUUUCUCAUUAUUGCAUUAUAAUUACAUUAGUUUCCUACUGCUCCUGUAACAAAUUACCACCAAUCUAGUGGCUUGAAAAACACAAAUUUAUUAUCUUACAGCUCUGGAACUUAGAACUGGGUUUCACUGGGCUAAAAUCAAGGUGUCAGCAGGGGCUACACUGCAUUCCCAUCUGGAGGCUCUAGAAGAAGUUUUUUUUUCCCCUUUUCCAGCUUCUAGAAGUUGUCCCCUUGAGCCCUCUUCCAUCUUCAAAGCCAGCAAUGGCCGGUCAAGAUUCUUUUGUAUCACAUCACUCUGACACUGACCCUUCUGCCUCCCUCUUUUACUCAUAAGGACCCUUAUGAUUACACUGGGCCCAUCUGGAUCAUCUAAGAUAAUCUUCCCACCUCAAAAUCCUUAAACUAGUCACAUCCUUAAAGUCCCUUUUGCCACGUAGGUAACAGUCACACAUUCAGAGGAUUAGGAUGUGGACAUCUUUGGGAGAGCAUUAUUCUGCCUCCCACAAUAAUCAACUGAUUCAGCACAAUUUAUUUAAUCUUUUCUGAACCUGGGUACCGGGAAACACUGGUCUGGUGGUGGUAAUAAUAAUAAUAAUAGCAGAUAACUGGGACCCGGGUCUGAUCGCGCAGUUCUCACGGCCUGGUCUGGGGCGGACCCAGGAGGGGAAUUUCCCCAGCCGCGAUCCCCAUGGGGCUGUGUUUUCCCUGUCCCACGGAGGCCGCGCCUCCUUCGCCGGACCUGGAAGAAAAAAGAGCAAAGCUUGCAGAGGCUGCAGAAAGAAGACAGAAGGAGGCUGCAUCUCGGGGCAUUCUGAAUGUUCAGUCUGUGGAAGAAAAGAGAAAGAAAAAGGAAAAAAUAGAAAAAGAAAUGGCUACAUCUGGGCCCCCACCAGAAGGUGGCCUUAGGUGGACAGUUUCAUAAAGCAUAACAUGAGUGAAAGAGUCUACUGCCAAUAAGUAAUAUCUGCAAUCAAGCGGACAUCCUCAAUUUAAUUUCUUCUCUUUGAAUAAAUGAAGAUUCAGACGUCGUAAUUUUAGUCUCUUAAAUGCAGUGCUUUUUCAAAAUUGAAUAUUGAAAAUGCUUUUGAUUGUUAGACUUAGGAAAUGGCCAGACCUUUCAUUAAAUACUUAUUUUCCCUACAUUUGCUCUUCUGCAGACAGUGGGUGAUUUGCCGUUUUUUAGUAGUUAAAACAUGGGCCUAAAUAGUGAAUAUAUAUUUAUAUACUGCAUGGAAAAACUCUGCAUACACCUCAGAUAUUAAAGUUUGCACUUGUAUUUUCCCUCCUUUAUAAAAUGACCUAGCUAUUUAUAGUUUGCCGAUUAACCUUUUAUCUCUUUAUUUCAUUAUAUGUGAAGACUUUUGCUUAAACUUAUGGACUUAGUGCCUUUAAACUGGUCAUCAGGGAAAAUCUUGAAAAAUCAUUUGAAGGGCUUAUAUGAAGGAACACUGUAAAUUUUUAUAACUUACUAAGAAAUUAAUAUUUGUAGAAAACAUUGAAUUUCCCCUAAUUUAUUUCCUACUUCUGUAGCUUAUAAAAUUAACAUACUGUGUUUUACAUUAUAAUACUUUUUUUUUUUUGCUUGCUGAGUUUAAAAUAUAUUAGUGGUGCCAUCAGAGGGCAGUGAUGUACUAUUAUACAGUACCAGAUUCAGCUCCGUCAGAGGGCAGUGACGUACUAUUAUACAGUACCAGAUUCAGCUCCGUCAGAGGGCAGUGACGUACUAUUAUACAGUACCAGAUUCAGCUCCGUCAGAGGGCAGUGACGUACUAUUAUACAGUACCAGAUUCAGCUCCGUCAGAGGGCAGUGACGUACUAUUAUACAGUACCAGAUUCAGCUCCGUCAGAGGGCAGUGACGUACUAUUAUACAGUACCAGAUUCAGCUCCGUCAGAGGGCAGUGACGUACUAUUAUACAGUAUCAGAUUCAGCUCUAUAAAGAUCUUUGCAGUAAUUGAAUGAGUUAAACUAAGAAUCUGGAUGGGUUAAAUAUAACAAAGUAUAGUGGUAAUGUGUUUGUCCAAAUUUCAUAGGUGUUUUUAUUCUUUUAUAUUUAUUAAAGAAUGAUCAUAAGAUUUAUAUAGAUGUCAAAUUGCCAAGGCAAGUAUGAAUAUAUGAAAGAGAAAUAUGUAAGUACUGUAUUUAAAAAGGUCUACUUUAAACAUAAAAAUAUUGUGAGGUAAUUCUAUAUGAUACAUUGCCAUAAACUUUGUAGAUUUUUGUUCAUUUGUAACAUGUAUUAUAGCAUAUUUGGUUUUUUGAGGUUUUUAAUAUAUAAUAAGCUAAAAUAGAAGAAUUGCUGUGUCUUUUAAUUUGGUUGCUCUUUUGGAUGACAAGGCCACAGUCUGAGCCCUAAAUUAGAAUUUUCAAAUAUUAAGUACAAUAGG